AUGCUCUGUUUCUCGAGCCGACUUACUUCACUUCUGAAUCCUUCUCGCCCGGAUGUCGAGAUCAGUUCGCUGUUCCGUUUUUACUUCGCGACUCUUUUCAGAUGUCGCGCUAGACUAAUCACGGAGACCAUGAUACUCAGGUUGGUACUGUGUACCAUUUUGUCGGGAGUGGCGGCCAAGUAAGUUGUACCAGAUGGGUAAUGAUGAUAUUUAAAGGAAAUAUACAGUAUACCGGUUGAAUAUAGAGAACGAUGCUCAGUUCAGGAUGAUGUCCAAGUUGGUGGAACAGUCGAAUGAGGUAGGUCUCAAGAUGACAUGUAUAAAGUAAAACAAGGUUUAUAUUGUGUUUUUGUAACGGAAAUGCCCUUGAAAGCCUCUCUUACCGUCUCCUUGAACUUUACCCCGCCCCUUUUCCCACGUGCCCCCAAUUACCUGACUUCGCCCGGUUUCAGUACAACUUUUGGAAGGAGGCGAAGGGCGUCGGAGACACGGCGGACGUCAUGGUCAAAGACGUGCUAAUUGAUGGCUUCCUCCACAAAGUGGACCUCUUCAACAUGACUCACAAGGUGAUGAUCGACGACGUCGAAAAGUGAGUUUUCUCUUCAGAAGUCAACAAUAAUGACCAUUAAACAAACUAGCGAUGACUUUUGACAUUUCAAACCAAUGAGUGAUAACUUUAACCAAUGAUAACCUAAACACCGUGACUUCAGCCUGAUUCUGAAGCGGAGCAAAGAUGCUUCUCCGAAGAGAAAGGAGCGAGUACAGUACGAUCCUCCCUUCAAACGAGUCAACUUCAACCUGGCUAAGUACCACUCGUUUGGGGAGAUGAUCAACUACCUCAACUCUUUGGCCAUCAACUAUCCUCAAAUAGUACGAGUACAGCCAAUCGGUACCACCCACGAAGGUCGACAGAUCCCCUUGAUUAAGAUCAGCUCCAACAAAGGGAACGGCCAGAAUCCAGGAAUCUGGAUUGACGGUGGGAUUCACGCUCGAGAGUGGGUGUCUCCAGCAGCGGUUAUCUACUUCAUCGACCAGGUAACACAACUAUAAAAGGGUUGUUUAUAUUGUUAGUUCUGGCUUUGAAUUGAACUAUGAUUUACAUCCAAAAUGAAAACAAAUAUAAAAUAAUUAAAAGUUCUAUUUCAGUUGGUGACAUCAUACGACACCAACCCGCAAAUCCGACAUUUGGUAGACAACAUCGACUGGUACAUAGUACCAUUGUUGAAUCCAGAUGGGUACGAGUACAGUAGGAGUAGUUUCGACCCAGAAGUCAGAUUGUGGAGGAAGAAUCGAUCUCCUGCCCAGUGCACAACUCAAAGUACUGGUAAGUACUGAUAAAAAUGGCUAACAUAUCUUUGUAUUAUUAUGCUGAUAACACUGUACUGUAUGUAAACUUGUGAUUUUAGGCGUGUUUUCGGUGCCACGUACCAUUUGUUGCCAGGGUGUGGAUCUGAACAGAAACUUUGAUUGGUUCUUUGGCCAAGUCGGCUCCUCCACUGAUCCGUGCUCAGAGAUUUACAAUGUAGGUGUGAACAAUGUUUUUUAUAACAUUAUUGUCUGAAAUAGAUCUUACUUUAUAAAAGGGAAAUUUUGACAUCGAAGUAAUGUAACUCUCAAUUGUUUCAGGGAAGAUUCGCCUUCAGUGAGCCAGAAACCAGGGCAGUCCGCGACUUUGUGACUGGACUAAACGGUCAAAUCAAGGCUUUUAUGACAUUUCACAGUUACUCCCAAAUCCUCAUGUAUCCAUUUGGCCAUGCCCUAAGGACAUACCCAAAUGAUGUGGACGAUCUCAGCUCGACUGCUUUGAAGGCCGCUCAAGCACUACAGUCCCAGUACGGCAUCAAAUACACAGUCGGUACUGGAGCCGACACUCUUUGUAAGUGCUCAUGCAAAUACACACUGAGUUGGUUGCUAUCUUUCGUAGUAUAAUACUUCUAAGACAAUGUAGCCCUUGCGUUUUAGACCCAGCGUCAGGAGGUUCAGAAGAUUGGGCCAAGGGCAGAAUGGGAAUCAAGUACUCAUUUCUCUUCGAACUUCGGCCUGAUGACACUGUAGCCGAAGGAUUUUUGUUAGCAGAACGAGAAGUAAGUAUAUUGCUCAUACAACAAGCGUCUGUUACAUUCUUUUUAGAAUUAUAUAUACUUGAAGCGACAAUAACUAAAAGUUGCCAUUUCAGAUCGUUCCAACUUGCCGAGAGACGUGGGAGGCAAUUAAAGUGAUAGCCUUGGAGACGGUCCGCUACAUGGCUGGACCCACGCAAAGCCGGCUUCAGAAGCGGGAGUGUGUCGACUACGACAACUUCUGUCCAUAUUGGGCCGAGAACGGUGCCUGCACGGCGUGGCCAAGCAUGAAAGACCGCUGUGCCAAGAGUUGCAACCUUUGUUAA